CGCGCUCUGACUGCAGUGUCUUUGCGCCGGGACUGUGGCCUUUUGAUGGUUCGGGCCGCGACGGGACAGCAGCACACCGACACGCUGGAAUACCGGCCUGCAGAAGAGCACCAUCUCGACUGAAGAUUAAAGGAUUUAGCCUCUCGCACCGCAAGUUAUUCUGAGGAACCCAGUCCAGACAUGUCUAGGCGAAAGGUGAGGGGACUGACCCGUACGGGUCGGCAGGUCAGCGAGGACCCAGACCUGGACAACCUGCUCUCCGCCCUCUCCCCUGAGGAGAUGGAGGAGCUGGACAAGGACCUGAUGAACGUUCCGGACAUUGGACCAGAAGACGGGAAGGUCAUCGUCACCCAAGGCGAGAGCCACCCACCUCUGAGCAACAACAUCCAGGACGCGGAGAGACGAGGCCACACAAGAGGGAAGCUCAGUCAGAGGGAGCAGUCAGUCGAGGGGGAACCAAAGAAAGAGAGCCGGAAGCAGGAAUAUCUGAGGAAGAUGGGCCUCAGCCAGGAGGGGGACGACGACACGAAAGUAGGAGUACGAAGGCAAUCUAGUGUCACAGCUGACAGAGAUGCCAGGGUGGAGGACAGAAACAGCAAAGGCUCUGAAAGCGUGAAGGAAGAGCGAAGCUGGCGUUCGAGCAGAUACAGUAGGAAGGGAGGGAAUGAGGCAAAUGAGGAGGUGAAUGAGAAAGAGAAAUACGACGAUUACAGGUCAAAAGACAGGAGAGAAAACCGAGAGAGCACGGGAGGCAAGACCAAGGAGAUGAUCUCCAAAUUACAGGAAAAAAAGGACGAGAGCAAAGAGAAGGAAAGGAGAGAAGACUCCAGGAAAAGAGAUGACAGCAAAACCAAAGACAUCAUCUCGAGGCUGCGUGAAAAGAGUGAGAAGGAUGUGGGAAAGGAAAGGGAACGUAAAUCCGAGAACCUCCGGACGCAAGGGCUGGUGUCCAAAAUGGUUGAGAAGAAGACCAAAGCACCUGAGGGCCAACCCCAAGAAGCUAAAAAGGCAGAAGAGAAAAACAAGCCUGAAGCCAACGAGCCAGCGGAGAAAUGUGAGGCGAAACACGACAAGGCAGAAAACCGAACAGACAGGGAAGAGCUGGUUAACCACAGUGACCACGUGAAAGAGAAACACAGGAAGGUGAGCUCUGACAUGAAAGCUGAGGAGAGGAAGGAAAAAGACGACGCCAAAGAAAGACUCAUAAAAGCCGAAGGAAAAGAAGAACUGGGGAACUGUGUGGCCAGAAACAGCCCAGGCAGCAAGGCGAAGCAGGAAGAAGAGGAGGACGAAGACUCAAGCAUGUUCGAUGAGCUGAUGGAGCAGGUUCGCAGCAACGACCCCUCCCUCACUGAGCUCAACGUCAACAACUCGGAGGUCAUCAAGGCGAAGACACUCAUUGAGUUCGCACAGGGCUUGCACAACAACACCAACGUCAAGACGUUCGCCUUGGCCAACUGUCGCGCAGACGACCACGUGGCUUACGCCAUCGCCGCCAUGCUGCGCAGCAACAAGAUCAUCACCAGCAUCAACCUGGACUCCAACCAUCUCACCGGCAAGGGCAUCUUGUCCCUCAUCCAGUCGCUGCAGUACAACGCCACGCUGACAGAGCUCCGCUUUCAGAACCAGCGCCACAUAUGCGGAGGGAAGACUGAGAUGGAGAUGGUCAAGAUACUGAAGGACAACACCACGCUGCUCAAACUGGGCUACCACUUCGAGUUGGCAGGGCCGAGGAUGACCACCACCAACAUCCUGAGUCGCAACAUGGACAGGCAGAGGCAGAGGCGCCUGCAGGAGCAGAAGAUGGCCCAGGCCAACGGGGAGAAGAAGGGGACGCUGGAGGUACCCAAAACAGGAGGUGGAGGGUCUUUGAAGAGCUCGCCAAAGUCCUCCCCGAAACCGUCCCCGCUUCCUUCGCCCAUGCCCUCCCCAAAGCUGACUCUCAAAAAACGAGCCGGAGGUCCUGCUCCUCCGCCACCCCCGCCUCCUCCAGGGGGCGGACCCCCACCUCCUCCAGGGGGCGGACCGCCGCCUCCUCCACCGCCCGUGCUGGACGGAGACCGCUCUUUCGGCGGCAAGAACUCAAGGGACCAACUGCUAGCCUCGAUCAGAGGGAGCAACAUCAAACAGCUAAAGAAGGUGCCAGUACCAAAGUGGCUGCAGUAACAGUUCCUGGUGGCAAAAUGCAGUGGACAACAAAAAGAAAGGGAGAACUCACAUCUCACCACAGUUUUCCCGGGGGGGAUGAACGUCCUGCGGUUUGACGAAGAGGAAGGACCAGGAAGGACGGGGAAAAUGGGAGAUGGUUGCCCUCUGUGAGUUUGCUCCCCUCAAACACUGGACCAAAAGACUCUGUGGAGAGUGCCAUGAAAUGUUGAAAUGUUGUCUUCAGUUCAUAUUGAGGCUUUUUUGUUUUUGCACUACAUAAUACGAAGCUGAUCAUAUAGGUUGUUUGUGUGUACAGUGGAUAUCCCGGGUUUACACGACCCUGUUGAAACGACAAACGAGCCGACGAUGAGAAAUCAUUUUAAAACUGUUUCCCACUUUUUUUUUUAGUGACUGAUAUCCUUUACAAAUCAGCUGAAACCAAACAAAUCUGUUGGGUUGGUGGGUUGUGUAUUCAAAAAAAGGUGCAAUAACCACACAGACUUUUUACGUGGUCUAUUCCCACAAUAUCUGCAAUAUCUGCCCACUCAGCCUCGCUAAACUCUCCUUAUCUGUCAGAUGGUCCUCAGCCCUCUUCAAGUGACCCCAAAGAUUUUUCUGGAGAAAUAAAUGUUUGGUUUGGAUAUCUCCUUUCAUUUGUGAUUCGAAAAAUAAAUCGAGUCCCUCUUCUUCUCCAGUUUUCUAUCCCACAACUAAAGGGUUUGGUGAAAAAUGACUGGAAUUGGUAGCUAAAAGAGCAACAGCCGAGCACGAUGCUGCCACCACCGUGUUUUACUGUGAGCCCCAACGUUAAAGUUUUCUUUAUCAGUCCAUUACACAUUUUCCGACAAAGUUUUGACUUUUAGCCAGAUCCGGAUGUUUUCUUUGGAAGAACGAGCUUUGAUCUCACAAAUUUACUCCCUAGCGCAGAGAUGAGGAGAAUACAGGAGAGAGAAAACAUGCAUACUUGUUGGACAUUUCUGCAGCUCCCUCAUUGUUGCUGUUGGCUUCUUGGUCGCUGACCAGUGUCUUACUUUUCAUAGAGAAGAUCCCAGUUUUUAUGAUUACAGUGUCAUCCCAUAUCUUCUCCACUUUCCAAGACUGCGUGUAAUGUGUCACAUUAUGUGAAAAUAAAACACUGAUUUUUUUUUUAUUCUUCCCCUGACUGAUACCUUUGUAUAGAUCAGAUCGAUUUUCCGUUCUUUUUUUUCUAUUUAGAGUCACUAUAAGUGUCGGUAGAUGUUAAACUUUAAAUGAAUGAAUGGAUGAAUAAGUGGUGUAACUGAAUCAAAGCGCGCUUCAACAAAAUCUUAGUUUUAAAGUGGGAAAAACAUGUGCAGCCAGGUCAGUGCAGACAUUUUGCAAAAAUAUUUUCUCCAACAGAUUUGCUUGUCCUACGUUGGCUUUUUGGUACACAUAUUACAUUAAACGGUGGUGAAUCUUCUAAAAUGAUUCAACAUGGUGUCUUUCUUUGAAAUAAAUCUCCGGUAUUUUAAGAGGGUUGUGUAAACCUUUGUUUGAUCCACUGCAUAUGAAUUGAGUUAAAUGAGAGGGGAGUAUGGGAUGGGCUUAGUUUCAGAUAACUAUUAAAUUACUACUUAAAAAAAAAGUGUAUCACUGAUAUGUUGAUUGAUUAUUAAUUAGACCUUUUAUUUAUUAGUGGAGGAGCUACGGCCGUUGGUCCAUUCGAACUGGGUGCAAAUUUCAGGGAAUGAACAAACACAACACCAAACUUCAGUAAAUCUGAGUUCUAAAACAAAAACAGAAAAUGGGCACCUUUUUAUUUUGUCAUGUUUUCAAAUCUCAAGACAUCUCAGACACACAGUCCAGAGAAAUCCUGAAACAUAAUGAUGGAUUUUAACCGUGGAAAUCAUUACAUAUUGCCAUUUAGCAGACAGAGUGAAUGGUCCUGUGGGGUCUUAUAUAUUGUGUGCAGAAUCCUUCUACGCCUGGCUGUUUUAUUAUCCUACUUAACUUUAUUUUAAUACUGCGUCAUGUCUUAAUGUUUUUGCUGGUUUAAGCUGUAGUCUAAAUAUCAGUCUGAGAGGAGCUUGACAUUAAACUCAGCGCUGUCUAAAGAUGAACACAUGCGUCUCUUUACACACGUGUCGCUGGCAGAGCCUGUAUGCCUUUAACAACAGAUUCUGGUAUGUUUGUGAGUGUAAAAUCAUGUCUGCCUGAUUGUGUAUGUAAUAAAUAUGAAUGAAUUUUAUAUCAA